UUUAAUGCAACAAUACGGUCAUACUGGUCAGUCUUGACUGCAAAUCCGAGUUAUUGCUUGCAAUUUUCGUUAUUUACUUAAGUUUAUUUUUCGUAUGCUGUGAUUGCCAACGGCGGGCAAGAAAAUCAACAAACAGCCUGGACAACCAGCGAUCUGGAGCACCCAGCGAUGGAACAGGAAAAUAGCAUACAGGAGAAAAAUUUCGAAGGUUCAAACGACGCCGGUCUCAAAAUGGCGUCUGCGAAUUCCGAACCAUUGGCGUCGGCAACGCACGAGCUGAAAAUAAUGGAUGUCGAAGGUGGAGCGACGGUGGAGGAAGUUCCCGUGGAGGAAACGGAAGUCCCCAUGGUCAUCCUAGUAGACGACGACGACGAUACUGAAACGCCAAUGGACGUGGAAGAUGAGCAGCCUCUGCCAGAUGACACAGCCAUCGAGGAUAUCUUAGACGACGACCAUGCCCCACUCGUGGUGGAACUUCAGUCAGCUCUCAAUAAUCCAGAUGACAAACCAACCAACGAGGAUCCGCUGCUUGGAGAUCCGGAACGAGAGCCGGACACCAUGUCUACCAAAACAGAACCCUCAAGCGAUGCUGAGAGCAGCAAUUCGUACCAUGAUCCGAUGGGUCUGUUGGAAAGGAUCGAUGGGGGAGACAGCCCAGACGAUGACGAUGACGACAGCAGCACUGGCGCUAAUGGUGACAUGCGCCGCAAGAUGCCCCGCGCCCAACGAUGGCUCAUCUGGAUGAAGCGAUGGCCCUGGAUCCUACACGAUGCCUCCGAUGGCACCUACGCCUUCUGCCUCUAUUGCAACCUUAACAUAAACGUGAACAACCGAGCCAGGCACAUCCAGCAGCACAACAUGUCGCUGUAUCACCAGGAACGCGAGUGCAACUACCUUGCCUUCAAGAGAAGCGAAGAACAGACUCGGGGAGCAACCAGUGACAAUGAGGUGAAGCACGAGUUUGGCACCAAGAGCUAUAUAGUUGCCACGAAGCAAAAGCGAUUAUCCGAGACGGAGGCCUUUAACAACUUCAACUGGAUACGCUGGCUUCGUUGGCAUCCUUGGCUGGAACGCUGCGAUACCACCGGUAGCAUUGGGAGAUGUCGCGUCUGCAAUGUGCGCAUGAACGUGGAGUUUGUAUAUCUGCGCAAGCGCCACGAGACCACUAAGGGUCACUUGGAGGCGCUGCGCAAUGCUGAAUCUGAUAAGUUGAGUCGGAAGCGUAAGAGGAGCAAGAGCAUGAGCGAGACAACCAUUGCCGAGGACGAGGCCGAGCAGGAGAAGGAAUCUGAACUAGAGGCAGAAACGGAGGAUGCGCAGGACACGACUGUGGUGAUGAUGAACGGCAACAUUAACGGGGAUGACGAUCCCAGCAAGUGGUGCGAACUGAUCCCCGAUACCAACCCGCAGCAGUGCAGGUGUACGCUCUGUGACUACGUGAUGUCCAUUACCAGCUAUCUACGGCACUGCAAGGGUAAACCACAUAGCAAUAAGCUUUUGACAGCCACCGAAAAGAAUACUCCAGAUAUUCGUGGUAUUUGGGCCGUGUUCGCCGAUUUGCAUCCUUGGUUGAUAGCCGAUCCAGAAGACCCCAGUAUUGGAUACUGUAACAUCUGCCGCAAGCGGUUCAUGUAUGGAAACUCUGAAAUCAAGCGUAAGAAUCACGAGAACUCCGAGAAGCACACAGCGGCAGUGGCCGCCGCGAAAGCAGCCAGCAAAGAACGAUUGGCUAACGUCCGAAACAGCGAGGGAGAGUAUGUAGAUGUAGGCGAGGAGGCUUGUCAGGAAGUGGUUGAAGGGGAGGAGGCGCCUGCUAGUGAGCGAACCCAAUCAGAACUACGAUCGGAGAGUGAAGAAGAUAAUGACGAUGACAAUUGGUCGGAGACUCAAAAUGUUGGAAAAGGAUUCACUGUCAAAUCGGAGAUCGAACCAAGAAAGGCCAAAGUCCGAGCCGGAGUGCGUUUUUAUCCGUGGCUGUGCAACUCCAAGGACCGCAAGACCCAAAUUUGUAAAGUUUGCCGCGUACGCUUCCACAACGAAGCGGCAAAGGCGCGGCACGAGUUAAGUGUCACGCAUUUAAGACUUAUGAAGCAGUUCAAGGAACAACAAGCAAAAGAGACCCAGGGCGAACUUAAGAAGACAAGAAAUAAUCAGCAGAAAAACGAAGACGAGGAAGAAGGAGAAGAGGAUGACUUGGAUAUGGAGAGCAAUACGGAUUCGGGCACUCUGGAGUCAAGGAAACCGGAACGAUCGUCCAACAAACUUUUCAAGCCCGUUCCGGCAACCAUGAAAGGCAAAGUAAUGGUGUGGAAGGGCCGCUUCCCUUGGCUAUCGUACAAAAAGAGCGAGCAGCGUGGGAACUAUGCCUGGUGUAAGCUAUGUGAGGUGUCUCUCUACCUGCCGUCCUCCAAGUGGGCUUCUAAGCAUCAGAGAACUUCCCGGCAUAUUCGUCUCCGAAUCGAUCGGAAGCGCAAUAAUGGGCAAACAUCGCCAAGUGGAACUGAAAUCCCCACCGUUGUGGCCACGGCUUCGGCAUUGGCCAGUGGCGAGGCGCGACAGAAGGCGGCCAUGGCCGAGCUGCAGGCCAAGUAUAGUUGGCUGGAACCGGAUGCUACUGAUGAGAACCACUGCCACUGCCGUUUUUGCGAUACACGGCUGCCGAUCAAGGUCUUUUAUUUACGCCAACACGACUCUUCGCGUAAGCACGCCGAUAGUCUAGAACGGCACAAAGCAAAUACCGCACCAGCCGCUGAUGUACCGUCCGUUAGCAACACAUCCACAGCCGAGGCGGAGAGACAUGAGUCUGGCCUGGAGAAAGAGAGCGACGCUGAAAUGAGUGCUAGAUCCGAUGGCAGCAUGGAAGAACCAGCAGCAAAGAGAUCCCGCCGCACAAUGGAGGUUCGUCGCAUAAUUCGUGCCCUGCGCGAAUCGAUAGGCAAACGCCAGGAUGAGCGCUCUCAGAUGGACAUGGCCAAAGAUAUGAUUUGCUCCUCCUUCGAUAUUGUCUCGCGCCUGCGAACACUAGAGCGGGAAGCGGUCGCCCACAACGAGUCCUUGGCGCAGGCGCCGGCAGCAGUGGCUGUGGCACCAGUCAGUCCUCCGGAGCCUCGACAUAUAAUGGAUCUCUUCUUUGACAGUAUUGCCCCAACCAUGAAGGCUCUGCCGGCUGACUUAGCCGCAGAAGGCAAAGCCAAAAUCAUGCAGCUCGUGUGUGGUUUGGAGGUGCGAGCCAUGCAAAGGAAUUUGCCAACUGCAGACACAGCUGCCGUCGCAGCUUCUUCCACAACGUCUUCUGCAGCUACUGGUGUAGCUGCUCCAGCUCAGCCUGCUCAAGUUACAACUCCAACAGUUGUAACUCCCUCAGUUACAAAUCCCAUUGUUACUAAUCCCCCAGUUACAAUUCCUUCAGAUACCACUCCUCCGGCUCUUGCUUCUGCAGAUGAAGUUGUGCAUUCCAAUGUAAUCACCAUACAAGACGAUGACAGUAAUCUGCAAAACAAUAACAACGAGGUGGAAACCAUGAAAAACAAGCCAGCUAGCUCUGUUUCAGCUACCCAAGUAACCAUCAACGGGAACCCCAAAGAUCUGCCAGAAAACAUACGACGGAUCUUAAGUUCGUCUCAAAUGCAAGUUACCAACCGCUACGAUAAUGAAGCCGUGCGUUGUGUACCGCUUGAUAAGCUAACAACACAGGCGCGUAUCAACGGUAUCGCCCAACCCAACCAAAGUGGCUCCCUGGUUUCACCAACCACUCCUCAGGUGGAUGUUAGCAAUGGCAAUUCUCUGGCCAUGCUCCGACAGAUACGGGUAAACAACAACAACAGUUCCAAGACGAUCACGAUUACGAAGGCGCCAGUACAACAGCCACAAAUUCACCCACAACCGAGUUUGACAUCGACACCAAUAAUACGGGGUGUUCCUGUUCCCAACGGCAACAGUGGUCAGAUGACAACAUUUCGGUCAUUAUUGAGCCUCAACCGUAGGCCAUAGAGCUCCUUAGAAGUAUGAAUCAUCCUUAGCAUUAGUUUUUGUCAUUGUCAUUAUUUAUCUUCGCCUAAUUCAGAUAAUUUUUGUAUGUUAAAGUUGAAUACUUGCAAGCAAGGUAAUUAAACCUAGUUAAGAUUAA